AAAGAGCAUGCGUUCAUGACCUUCCACAGGGACCAAGAGGCUGGGAAAGAGGGACAGGAUCUACGGAAAUACCCUGGAGUUAAUAUCAGAUUGUUCUCAGUAAGUCAAUUAAAGUGCUGUUUUGUUUUUUUUUUCAUAGAAGAGCAGGUUGGGAAACCCAGAAAAGCUGUGAUCCAAACACAGCCCCCCUUCCAAAGAAGACGGCCCCCGCGCCCCCUGGAAAUUGGAGCUCCUUUCUACCAAGACAACCAGCUGCAAGUCAAGGUCUACUGGAAAAAGACAGAAGAUCCCAGCAUCAAUAGAUACCAUGUGCAGUGGUUUCCAGAGGUGUGUGCUCACAACAAAACGGCCGGAUCGGAGACAUCAUCUGCUGUGACCCACGAAAAUUACAUCAUUCUUCAGGACCUGUCCUUUUCCUGCAAAUAUAAGGUGAGCGUCCAACCUAUCCGGCCAAAGAGCCACUCGAAGGCAGAGACCAUAUUCUUCUCUACCCCGCCAUGCUCGGCUCUGAAGGGGAAAAGCCACAAGCACGUUAAUUGUCCCGGUGACACAGGUCCCGUUUUGUCCAAAGUCCUGGCCAAGCCAGAGAACCUUUCUGCCUCCUUCGUCGUCCAAGACGUCAACAUCACUGGCCACUUUUCCUGGAAGAUGACCAAAGCCAACCUCUACCAGCCCAUGACUGGGUUUCAAGUGACGUGGGUGGAGGUCACCACGGAGAGCAGGCAGAACAGUUUGCCCAACAGCAUUAUCUCACAGUCCCAGAUACUGCCUUCAGACCAUCACGUGCUAACGGUGCCCAACCUGAGGCCAUCCACCCUUUACCGGCUGGAAGUUCAAGUGCUCACCACCGGAGGAGAAGGGCCCGCCACCAUCAAGACCUUCCGCACCCCAGGCCUGCCGCCCUCAGCUGCCCACAGACCCCACCUGAAACACCAUCACCUGCAUCAUUACAAGCCUUCUCCAGAAAGGUACUGAACUGCUCCAAGGCUUGGAGGGACCGGGGACACGGCCACGUCCCCCGCCCACCGCCCCCAAAGAAGCGGCAGGUACUUCUGAGAGACCUUCCUCUCCUGGGCACUUCUGGGCACCUCUGCUAGUCCCAGCUGCUCCUGGAACAUCGCAGUCAGUCACCAGGACGGACAAGAGUUCCCUCCGAAAACAAGACCAAGACCAGGUCCAGUCAACCCUGAAUUUCAGUUUUGUCUGCGGUUUUGCUCAUCUCGAUUGACUAUUUGCAGAAUUGAGAUCUCCCUGAAUUUGGAACAGCAAAAUAUCCAAGCUGAGGAUUGGAACCCAGGACCCAGUUCACAUGCAUAUCCCACAUACCUUGAAUCCACAGAUCAGACUUGAUUAAAUUAUUGUUUUGAUUUACAAGCCUUUGGGCCUGACUUCUCCAAUCUUUCAUAAGAGCCCUUUUAUCAUGGAUGGGUGGUUUUUAACUCACAGACUUUGCAGUCUGAAUUAUACUCCUAAAUUUAAAUCUAAAAAUGGUCCCACAUUAAGCAUAUUAGGUUUCCUUUUACACAAAGAAUACUGAAGAUCCAGUCUGUAACUUAUUAUUAACAAGACACCGCAAAGCAGAGGAACUGAAUGAAUUAAGAUGCUUCCUAGAUUUUUUUUGCCUUGGAACAAUGAAAAUUCUUGUUCGAGGAUACCUUUUAGUAGUUCGCCCAAUGUGGGAGAUUUUCCUGAUGUGUUAACUUAUUUAUUUUGUUAGUGCAGAAAACAACCAUUAUUUGCUUUGUUUCACUGUCAAGAAAUUCAAAAACGUCUUGCUUCAAAUGAAAAGAUCUGAACUCGUGAGCAUUUUUAAAAGACCUUUACCGAGUUUUGUCUUUUCUGAAUCUAAGGAAGCUAAUUUGCACGUGAGAAUAUUCUCAAUGAAGUAAAAGAUAGAUAAAUAAAUAAAAAGUCUUUGAUUGAUUAGAACAAAAGGAUGAUUAUUUCCCUUUUACUAACCUUUACUUUUUCAAAUCUAUUAAAUCUUUUUGAUUGGAAAAUUUAUUCUAUUCUAGACCGUCCCCGAGUACAAUGAACUCAAGUCAAGAUACGUCAUCAGGAUAAUGGUGGUGCAGAGUUUGGGCGGGGGGGGGAGGAGGCAACCUGAAACACAGAACUAUUUGAGUUGAGGGAACACCCACAUACGUGGUUUAAAAUAUGCAUAGAUGUGCGUCUAUACAGCACCAGUGUGUGUGUGUGUGUGUGCUCAUCUAUGUCUGUACAUAUAUCCAUGUGAAGAUGUACUCCUAUCCGAAAUUACCCAGGUACUUACACCUACAGGAAAAUAACCAGAGCAUGCAUUCGCUAUUGGACAGCCCGGCAGUGGUGGGAGAGACUGUGUUCUCUAAAGAUCAUAAAUGGAUAAUAGAUGAUUUAUUUCCCCCAUCCAUGUGGAUUCUAUAAGAAAAAAGGAAUUUUUUCUACAUCAUACAGGGCUCCCUCAUUUGAUAGUCUCUCUGAAUACAACAGCAAGCCGGUAAGGUUGCCCUUAGUUUUGGGGAAGGACUUGCCCCUGGUCCUUUUGCCGUGUCUUGGGUGUGUGCCAACACCAGACACUCCAGGUGCCAUGGCCCGCUCGGAGCUCACUGUGUCUGUGAUGUCACAGUGCUGUCCAAGGCAGGGGACAGCAAUGUGGAGAACAUCCCUCUUAUUAUUAUGUGGGUGGGGUAGAGAUGGAGGCCACCGUCUCUGAACCUGGAUACCUAAUGGUAGAUUUUGACACCGUUGCCUGUGUGUUCAAGGAUUUAAAAAGUGGAGAAUGUAGGAAUGCUCUGCCUCUGUGUGUAAGCAACGGGAAACAGGUGUACAUUCUACCUUGUGUUAUGAAAUCACCUGAUUCUAAAAAAAAGCAGAGACCAGGAAACAGCCUUUGUUUAAAAGCACCCCGAGCUUAGACAAAACCAUAGCUGUCCCCAACUAUGAUGAAUUCUAGGGUCAUUACCAGCAUCUGAUUUUCAAUUUCUUAAAAUUUCAAAAACACUGAAACCAUUAACGAUUGGCUACGUGCAUGUCUUUUACCUAAAUCUGUCACAAAACAAGUCAAAAUAUUUAUGCCAGCAGAGUUUUGUACUUUUGUAUAGUUAAAAAUGCAGGAGUAUAUACAUAGAUACAAAAAUAUUAUUAAAUUAUUAUGUAAAUUUAAUGUUAUAAAAUUUAAUCGUGUUUCUUUUGUCUGGGGAGAAGACCUCGAGCAAAUAUAUUUCCAGUUCAGAUGAUGAAUCUGAAACUGACAUCAUCCUUAAGAAAUCCAAAACAGCUUUUAUGAGUGUCUAAUUUUGUUAUGGUAUUCAGAAAUUUAAAUUUUAUUAGUGUUACUAGAAGGAAAACACUAUUAAUGAAGUAGUAAAAGAAGUAUGUUUCUUUUUUGAAUUUUAGUGAUCCCCAGUAAUAAUCAAAUCAUCAAAAAUCGUUAAAUUUUUUUUGAAUUUUAGAAAUGUGAGUGCCCUAAUAAAAGUGACAGAAAUCUAUUCGUUUUUUUCAAAAUAAGAAACCAUUUUAGUUCAUCAGUUUUGAAUGUGCUUUAUUGAAAUUAGAUGCAUUUCUCUCCAAUGAGAAAAGUAGAUCCAAUGAUUAAAAAAUCGAGUUCAUCAAUAAUAUCCCCACCAGAUAGAGAUGGUUAAUUCGAUAUAUCCAACAGCCAUCUACAUUAUUUUCACUUAUAAGAUUUACUCCUUAGUGAUGAAUUUUUCUGUGCUGACACCUUUUUCUAAGUGGAAUUUCAUGGAAAGGAUUUUUACAAACUAGCAUGUGUCCAUUAAAUACUUGUUACGGCAUAUGACAUAUUAAAGUUUAUGACAGGUAUUUUUGAAAUGUUUAUUAAGUAAUACGUUCAGAUUAAAAACACACCCAAAUCCUGGAAAUACCCUGCUCCCCGACACCCACAUGAACUGACUCAAUCAGGAUUUCUCAAAUGUAGCACUUUUAAAUUGGGCCUGCAGAGGUCUUUGGUGUAGGGGGCUAUGCAUUGCAGGGUGUUUACCUGUCCCCGGGGGCACGAGAAGACCCCAUUGAGAACUGGUGAUCUUUACUGAGAAUUUGCCCUUUAUAAGAAAAGCCCCAAUGUAUCAGCAAAUGCCACGUACAAUACUUAUUUAUAUCCUUUAUUACACUGUGUCCACGGUUUUUCAAAUUUACACAUCCCCAUAAUUGCAAAUAACUCUAAAUCUUAUUAAAAGAAGAUUUACACCAUACCCAGAGCACCAAGGCUAAGUAUCUGCAUGUAUCUGAAACUUCAUCUUGAAAUAUAAAGGAAUCCAUGAAGAUGUGCACUCUCACCUAUGAUUUUGCAUGACCACAGUCGGUUUCCUGUAAGGCAUGGACCCUCCUGACUGUCUUACCGCUGCUGAAUAUUUUAGCAACUUAUACAAUUUAUAGAGUGAUUAACUGAGUUCUGUAUAAAGUUAUUAUUUUUUUCCUCUUCUUUAAUUAUAUUGUAGUUUGCAGAUAACAGAGCUGUUACCCUCUCACCCAAAAGGUCUGUAGAAGUCAUGUCACUUCUCGCGGUCACUGAAAGUCAGUAUUUAUUUAUGUGUGUAAUAAAAAACAGUUGGAUUUCUGUGUAUGUCUGUCAUGUUAUUUAGAGAGAAGUAAUCUUGUAAAAAACGUUUUGUAAAGAAAAAACAAGAAAGUAUUGUACAUAGCCUGAUAUUCCACGACUCGUUAUUUUCCUGUUAGAGUUUGUACAUACUGAUUCAGUAAUAAAGCAUCUUUAAACCUG